AUGCUGUGCCGGACACUCGUGCCGAGACUUCGUGUUAUUCGCCGGACUUUACAGACCCACACAAUAGAUUUUACCACAAGAAAUGAAGCUAUAUCGCGAAAUCCAAGCUUAUUCUAUCCAUCUUUAUCUAGGCUCGAGACAGCUACAGCGUCUAUAGCCCAAUUUAAAGAAAAAUACGCUACUCUGGAAACGGAUGACACAGCAUCGCGAGAGGUGCUACGUGCACGUAUCAAUUCGAUACGUCUAGCGGGUAAAAACAUGUGCUUCAUCGAUGUGACCCACGCCCAAAGCUCUAUGCAACUAAUUCUAAACUACAACCUGAUGGUAAAAUAUAACCAAGAUACCAGCUCUAUCUCGUCGCUGACGAAGGACGCUUUUUUCCAGCAUGUUCAGGGCCUGAAGCCUGGCGACCAUAUACAAGCGCAUGGAUUCCCCGGAUUUUCCCAACGAGAACGCACACUGUCGCUGAAAUGCACGCAUUUGGUCAAAAUCCUAGCCCCGGCAUUACAGGCAUUGCCUCCAAAACUGUCCGAUCCCGUGAAACGCAACCAGAACCGCGUUUUGGACUAUCAAGUAAACGGACACGCUUCGUUGAUCACAAGGCACCGCGUUUUGACUUCAAUUCGUCAAUUUCUCAAUUCCCGCUCGUUUGUGGAGGUCGAGACUCCGAUCUUGUCGUCAAAAUCUAAUGGCGCUGCAGCCCGGGCAUUUGUGACCCGGGCACAAAGCACCGGAAAGGAUCUUGAGCUUCGAGUUGCACCGGAAUUGUGGCUCAAACGGCUGAUCGUUGGCGGACUGGAUCGCGUUUACGAAAUUGGCAGAGUAUUCCGUAACGAGGGGGUUGAUGCAACGCACAGUCCAGAGUUUACUACGUUGGAAUUUUACCAAUCAUAUGCAUCCAUGGAAGAUUUGAUUGAUCUCAGCGAAAAACUCUAUUUGCAUGUUUUGAACAGCGUCCAGACGCCUGUGGCACAAGAGUUACUCGCUAUGUUCGAGAAAAACAACGCCAAGUUCAAUCGGGUUGAAUUUCUGCCCACUUUACUUUCCGAGACUGGUGUGGACUUGCGGGAAGUCGAUCUCUCGAACUCUUCUGCAAUUCAAGCGGCUUUUGCCUCGAAGGGAAUCAGCAUCGAAGCGGACGGGAAGUCCCCGCAACAAAUUCUCAACAAUCUAUGUGGCAGCUACAUCGAGGCCAAAUAUUGCAUGGGCAAUAUACCCACUUUAAUAUAUCACCAUCCAACAAUCAUGUCACCCUUGGCCAAGGGAAACCCGGACGACGACAUGCUUACGAGCAAGCGGUUCGAGAUAUUUAUACAUGGCAAAGAAUACAUUAACGCAUACGAGGAAGAGAACUCGCCGGCGUUGCAAUUGCACAAAUUCAUCGCGCAGCAAGAAGCCUUUGACAAUUAUGGUGACGACGAGUCUCUGGCCGUGGAUACCGGCUACGUCGAGGCAAUGAAAUGGGGCAUGCCUCCGAUUGGGGGCUUCGGCUUGGGCAUCGACCGCUUGUGCAUGCUUCUGACCGGAAAUUCAAGAAUAGAAAGAGUUUUAAGUUUUGGCACUGUAGAUGACGUCGAAAGGCAAUGA